GGGAGGACGGCAGGACGGUCUGGACCUGCAGUACCAUAGCCUAUGGCAGUACCUGCAGUAUUCGCAAAUCGGAUUGUGAUUUGAGGAGUUGAUUGUGAUAGAUUGUGAUAGGGAGAUACACAUGUUGAUCACCUAUGCUUAAGGUGAAGGUGGUUUAACCGUUAUAACUGUAGGUUACUGAACAAACUGUCUUUCAUAAUGAUCUUCGCAUGUCAAAAGGACAGCUACCUUAGGAGCCUGAAAACAAGGGUAGUUACCUGCAACCCAGUUGUUGAUGGGUCCGCGCAGGAUGUCUAUGAAGUGGUGUUUGAAGACACCGUGCUGUUUCCCGAGGGAGGAGGGCAGCCCGACGACCGUGGACUGGUGGGCGAUGUGCCUGUGUUGCGUGUCUUCCGGAGAGCCGGCGAAGCGGUCCAUGUCGUGUGCUCGGCCAUUGCGGUUGGCACCGAGGUGGAGAUGAGCGUGGACUGGAAACGUCGUUAUGACCACAUGCAGCAACAUUCCGGCCAACACCUGAUCACUGCGCUGGCUGAACAAGAAUUCGGCUUUCUGACGACGUCGUGGAACUUGGGUGAAGAAGUGAGCUUCAUUGAACUAGACGCUCCAAAGGGAAUUAAGAAUGAAGACCUGCAGAAUCUGGAGUCGCUAGUGAACGAAAAAAUAAGGCAGGGCCUCCCGGUUCAUGUUAAUCUUUACGAGCCUGGCUCCGAAACGCUGCAGUCGGUUCGAACCCGGUUGAAGCUGCCUGACGGAGAAGGAGAUGUAAUUCGAGUGGUGACCAUUGAAGGUGUGGACGCGAACACGUGUUGUGGGACCCACGUCUCCAACCUGGCUCAUCUACAAAUGAUCAAGUUGCUGUACACGGAAAAAGGCAAGCAGGGAAAAACAAACCUUUACUUUCUAGUCGGAAACAGAAUCUUGGGGUACCUGGACAAAACAGUUUCGAGAGAGAAAGCGAUAACUUCCACGUUAAAAUGUGGCCCUGAUGAUCACGCAUCGAUGAUUGAGAAACUGAACAAAUCUCUGAAGCUCGCCAACAAAAACUCACUCACUGCACUGCGGGACUUAGCCGUUGCUGAAGCAAAACUUCUGAAGCAGCAGGAACCGCUUCCGACAUUCCACACAUUUCAUAGACGAGAAGCAGACGCCGAGUUCAUGGCAAUAUUUGCGAACGAGCUGGCAGACAAAAGUGUCUUGCUAUUCUUGACUUGUGGUGAUGAGAAGGGCAGUGGACAGUUUCUGGUUUCUGGCCCAGAAAACAUAGUGGCUACCAUUGGGCCCAAGGUGUGCGAGCUGCUAGAUGGCAAAGGUUUCUUAAAGCACGGAAAGUUUCAAGGGAAGGCAUGUGCUCUCUCUGGAAGGGGAAAGGUGGAGAAAAUUUUAUUGGACACGCUUACAUCUGAUGAUAAGUAGUGCGAGGCACUUUGUUGUGUAAACGUAUCUGAUGAGACGAGAGUAAAGAAAUGUUGGCACCUUGUAGUUUUGUACAGAUCUGCAAUAAGCAUCCACCUCUAAUG